UUAGCUGCGGUCUAGUUAUGGCCAUGCUCCUUCGGGUGGCAACCCAGAGGCUGUCUCCCUGGAGGGGCUACUGCUCCAGGGGGUCGCAGGGUGGACUCAGCCAGGACUUUGUGGAGGCUCUGAAGGCAGUUGUAGGGAACCCCCAUGUGUCCACUGCGUCCGCGGUCAGAGAGCAUCAUGGGCAUGAUGAAUCAAUGCACAGGUGUCAACCUCCUGAUGCCGUGGUGUGGCCUCAGAAUGUGGACCAGGUCAGCCGACUGGCAACCCUGUGCUACAAUCAAGGUGUUCCCAUCAUCCCAUUUGGCACAGGCACCGGUGUUGAGGGGGGAGUCUGUGCUGUGCAGGGUGGAGUGUGCAUCAACCUGACCCAUAUGGACCAGAUCAUGGAGCUGAAUACAGAAGACUUCUCGGUGGUGGUGGAGCCUGGCGUCACCCGUAAAGCUCUCAAUACCCACCUGCGUGACAGUGGCCUUUGGUUUCCUGUUGACCCAGGUGCAGAUGCUUCUCUGUGUGGCAUGGCAGCCACUGGGGCGUCGGGCACCAAUGCUGUGCGCUAUGGAACCAUGCGGGACAAUGUGAUCAACCUGGAGGUGGUGCUGCCUGACGGCAGGCUGCUUCACACCGCAGGCCGGGGCCGCCAUUAUAGGAAGAGUGCAGCUGGCUACAAUCUCACAGGACUCUUUGUGGGCUCUGAGGGGACUCUGGGCAUCAUUACAUCUGCCACCCUGCGCCUGCACCCUGCGCCCGAAGCCACAGUGGCUGCCACCUGUGCGUUCCCCAGUGUUCAAGCGGCUGUGGAUAGCACAGUGCAGAUCCUCCAGGCUGCAGUGCCUGUGGCCCGCAUUGAGUUCCUGGAUGAGGUCAUGAUGGAUGCCUGCAACAGACACAGCAAACUUAACUGCCCUGUGGCACCCACACUUUUCCUGGAGUUCCACGGUUCCCAGCAGGCACUGGCGGAACAGCUAGAGCGCACAGAGGCCAUCACUCAGGAUAAUGGUGGUUCUCACUUCUCCUGGGCCAAGGAGGCCGAAAAGCGCAAUGAACUUUGGGCAGCGCGGCACAAUGCUUGGUAUGCAGCCUUGGCCCUGUGUCCAGGAAGUAAGGCCUAUUCCACGGAUGUGUGUGUGCCCAUCUCCCGAUUGCCAGAGAUCUUGGUGGAGACCAAGGAGGAGCUGAAGGCCUCAAAACUCACAGGAGCCAUUGUUGGACAUGUGGGUGAUGGCAACUUUCACUGCAUCCUGCUGGUCGACCCAGAUGAUGUGGAGGAGCAGAAGAGGGUCAAGGCCUUUGCAGAAAAUCUGGGCAGGCGUGCCCUGGCACUCCAUGGGACAUGCACCGGAGAACAUGGCAUCGGGCUGGGCAAGCGGCAGCUGCUCCAAGAGGAAGUGGGUCCUGUGGGUGUGGAGACUAUGCGGCAGCUGAAAGACACACUGGAUCCCCGAGGUCUCAUGAACCCAGGCAAAGUGCUAUGAGGAACGUGUAACACUUGGCCCACCUGCAAUCCCUAGAAUGCAAAGCCCCUGUUCUGGACUUUUCCUUCAUGCCAAUGAUCGUGCAAGAAAUGGAAUGGCUGAUGCUGUCUGUGCCUGCCAGGUAGCCCUCUGUAGCUGGGGCUCAAGAUGAAGGUGAAGAAGAUGGACACACUCACAGAAAGCUACCACCGUUGUUCUUAGAAGCCUUUUACUCCAGUAGGAAAACCCAGGGUGUUUCCCAGCGGAGUUUCUUCCUGGCUGGCAGAGAUGGUGUGGGCCUACUCCAAGCUAAGAUUCCUCUGUGGAGGCCUCUCCUCUGCUGGUGCCCAGCAUCAUAUGAUUCACCCUAUAUAUAGUGACAAGAGCAUCCAUUCCACAUUGUUAGGCCUCCUCCUUGCCCCCCCCCAAUGAAUGUGAACCCCAUUUGCAGUUGCAUCCUUUCCUCCUCUCUAGGUCUCUAACCUUGGGCUAACGAGCCAUUUGUUUUUGGGCCUGGCCCCAGACUAAUAGUAGCCUGGGGUGGGGGAUGGAGUAAGCCAGUCCCAGCCCCUCUAUUUUUGCAUACUUGAGGCAGAAGACCUGCCUGUAGUGGUGGGGUCACCGGACAGUUUCCCCACCAGGAAACUGAAGUACCUUCUUCAAGCUGUUAUGGAGGACAUUAGAAAUACAGAUGAGAUAAUUCGUGGUGUCCCUCCCCUCUCCAUGGUACAACGCACUAUCCACCAGCGUUUACGUUCAAAGUUGGGGGCUUGCCCACUCUGAGGCCUGGCAGUUUUGAGAUUCCCUGGCCAGAGCUCUUGUCUGGAAGUGCUUGGCAGUUGUUCCCCAAGAAGUCCACGAGAGGGCGGGCAACACCAGACACUUUCAGGGUGGCCAGUCUCUCUCUAAACAUUUUACCCCUUGUGGGUCCCAGUCAACUGUAGUACCACCUUCUCUACUCCGAGGUCUUUGGGUUGGAAAAACAGAAGGAAGGGGAAGCUUCUUGCCGCCACCCUGCCACUUUCUCUGUCCAACUUUUGGUCUUGGGAUUUCUUCUCCGGAAUGUCUGUCUCAUGAUUCUUUGCCUUGCUCCCAAACUACUUCAGGAUGAAGAAACCCAAACAUCAGUCCUGCACUUACCAGGGAGAAAGAUCACUAGUGAAACCCCCCCCCCCCCACUUCGAGCCCUCUCAAGUCGAGUUCCAGUGGGCAGGGCUCCUACAUACACCUUCCAAUAACUGGCAACUCAACAGACAGCCAUUUCCCCACAAUUUCUUUUAUUAAAGAAAAUCCCAAACAUACAGAAAAGUUGAAAGAACAAAUACACUAUUCACUGAAAUAUCAGUCGUUGAAGAUUCAACAAUGGA